CCACACGCGGCGGCAAACUCGUACCGCAAUUCAGACCACGUGGAGUUCUAAAUACCCGCGUUGGGUAAUUUUGAAACGAUCCACGUGCAUGCGCACUCGGUGGUGGUUUUGUUUGUGUGUGUGUAUUCCAGCAAAUCAAUGGCAGAGAUACGAGCAGUACCACUCGCUCACAAGUUCCCUUGGUCUCCCUCAUCAGAUGUUGGUCGGAGCUGUAUACUGGUGUCAAUGGGAGGGAAGAACAUAAUGCUGGACUGUGGGAUGCAUAUGGGCUUCAACGACGAGAGGAGAUUUCCAGAUUUCUCGUACAUCACUGACAGUGGGCGGAGUCUCACAGAGCAUCUGGACUGUGUGAUCAUCAGUCAUUUCCACCUGGACCAUUGCGGAGCUCUGCCGUACUUCUCUGAGAUGUGUGGCUACGACGGACCCAUCUUCAUGACCCACCCCACCAAGGCCAUCUGUCCUAUUCUACUAGAGGACUACAGGAAGAUCACAGUUGAUAGGAAAGGAGAGCAGAAUUUCUUCACGUCCCAGAUGAUCAAGGACUGCAUGAAGAAGGUCGUGACUGUCAACCUACACCAGGCUGUGAAGGUGGACCCUGACCUCGAGAUCAAGGCUUACUACGCUGGCCAUGUGCUCGGAGCCGCAAUGUUCCAGGUCAAGGUUCACCAUCAGUCGAUUGUCUACACGAUUGGGGUGUGUUACUCCAGAUCAGCCUGGAUUGACAAGUGCAGACCUGACCUCCUCAUCACGGAGUCUACCUAUGCAACUACCAUCAGAGACUCAAAGAGGUGUCGGGAGAGAGACUUCCUCAAGAAGAUCAGUGAAUGUAUGGAGCGAGAUGGGAAGGUCAGCAAGCAGCACACCUCUCACCCCUGCCCUGUAGACUCACUCACUGCCUCAGGUCCUGAUCCCAGUGUUUGCUCUGGGAAGAGCUCAGGAGCUGUGUAUCUUACUAGAGACAUAUUGGCAAGUUCUCCCCACUCUCCCCACUCUCACUCCUAUACCCUUCACACCAGGGAGAGGAUGAACCUACUGCACCCCAUCUACUUCUCUGCGGGUCUCACUGAGAAGGCUAACCACUACUACAAACUGUUCAUCUCCUGGACAAACCAGAACAUCAAGAACACUUUCGUCCAGCGAAACAUGUUUGAGUUCAAACAUAUUAAGCCUUUUGACAGGUCGUACAUUGACAACCCUGGACCAAUGGUGGUGUUUGCUACUCCUGGCAUGCUGCAUGCCGGUCUCUCUCUCCAGAUCUUCAAGAAGUGGGCCGAAGAUGAAAAGAACAUGCUCAUAAUGCCAGGCUACUGCGUGGCAGGGACAGUGGGACACAAGAUCCUCUCUGGCCACAAGAAGAUCGAGAUUGACAAGAAAAUGGUGACUGUGAGGCUUUCUGUGCAGUACAUGUCAUUCAGUGCUCACGCUGAUGCCAAGGGAAUAAUGCAGCUCAUUCGUCAGGCUGACCCAGCGAACGUGAUGCUGGUUCACGGAGAAGCAGCAAAGAUGGACUUCCUCCGACAGAAGAUUAUGCAAGAGUUUGGAGUUCACUGCUACAUGCCUGCCAAUGGAGAGAUGGUUUCCAUAGCUACCAAGCCCAUGAUAUCAGUGGACGUGUCUCGCAGUUUACUGAAGAGAACUCAGGAGCAGAUCCACAGUCCUCUGGCGAAGAAACUCUGUCCUGUGAGAGGCUCGGCUACAAUGUCUGGACUCCUAGUCAUGAGGAACGAGGUGAGAUCCCUCAACACUCCUGAAAAUUAGGACAUGCAUUCUUUCCUAAAGAAAGUAUGGAAACUGUGCUAAUAUGGACACUUUCUUCUGUGACAUUGGCGUCAGGAUUAGAGUAUGUCAUAUUAUCUCUGGCCGCAGUCUCUGCAGCUGAUGAGUCCAGCUGAGGCCAGAGACAGCCUCGGACUACCUCCCCACAACCUCACUUUCUCCACCACCGUCACCAUGGAGACCAGGCCACGCCCACCAACAGAGCUGGUGGAGGCACUGGUAGAGGUGUUACAGAGACUGCUGCACGACCAGUGUGUGUGUGAGGAGGAGGGGAGAGUGGUGCUGAUGGGGACCAGUGUGCGGGUGGAGGUCACCUCUCCCCCGCCCACCCUCUCUCUCCUUGUCUCUUGGAGCUACCAGGACGAGACUCUGGGGGACUACGUCCUUAGUUCAGUUCAGAGAAACUUGUCCAGACUUCUGUGACAUUUCCUGUCCAAUUGUCAAUGUAUUUGUGAAAAUGAAUGCAGCACUUUCGGUGAAUGAAGACACACAGUAUGCUAUGAUAGCGGCGCCAUAAUGACAUCAGUGAGCACCAACGAAAUGCCAUGGCCAGACUAUAUAUACAUCCUUUAUGCAUGUCUCAAGAUUUCACAGUGAAACUGGAGUAAUUUUGUCAAGAGUAUAGUUGAGUGAGAGAAUGGAGAGACUGAGUCCAGUGCC